CUCUACUCGCACUCAUCGCUCCAAACACAACAAGCAUCGAAUCACUACUCGCUCCAAUACUUGAUACAAGCACAUAGCGAUCAGAAAUCAGUUUCCACUCUCGACCAACCAAGCAAGAAGGAGAAGAGAUGGCUGCUGGAGCUAAGGCAUCCUGGAUGGUGGCGAUGAGCGUGGGCGCCGUGGAGGCGCUCAAGGAUCAGGCCGGACUCUGCCGCUGGAACUACGCGCUGCGGUCCAUCCACCGGGCCGCCAAGGCCAAGGCCAGCGCCCGCAGCGCCGUCUCCCAGGGCAAGAAGCAGCUUCCCGCCUCUGCGGCGGCGGUGGCAGAGCAGCGGCGAGCGCAGAAGGCGGAAGAAGGGUUGAGGACGGUGAUGUACCUCAGCUGCUGGGGACCCAAUUAGUAGCGACAACUGCUAGGUACAGGCGUUUUGCUGCAGCAAUGGCCUGGCCUGAGACUUGGCUGGUUGCCCCCCAUUGUGAUAUACCACCACGAUGAUGAUGAUGAAAAUUUCAGUCACUUAGCUGAGUUUACCA